AUGUCGAAUGCCACGCGGCUAUUGCUACGGCUGCCUCCUGGCUUGCGACAACACAUCCUCGAGCCAUCCCGAUCUGCAUUGAGAUUUCGUGUCACGGCCCAAAGAACAUAUGCACAAAAGGGCAGACAUUUGCCACCACCGCCAAAACCAUAUGGACUCUCCCAGGCUGCGGUCGAAGUCCCCGCCGCCAAUAAAAAACCCAGCCCGCCGGAGCCAGCAAAGUUUGGCAAACCACCACCGAUUGUGAUUCCAGGCGAGAAACAGAUGCGAGAUGCUAAGCAAAAUGUCGUUCUACUUUACACGGMCCCUAGUCAUGGGGUUUUCUAUGUCGUAUCGUAUCUUGCGGGUGGUCUUUUCAUUAUAGGUGCAUAUUCAUACUCGGAGUUGAUAUUGAAGGACAGCCCGGAUGGCUCUAAACCGCCAUGGUGGAAGAAGGCAAUCGGCGCAAUCUCUGCACUCGCUGCAGCCUCCUUUGGGACAAUGUUCCUCCUUGGACCCUUCGGAUUGAUCAAGUCGAUUGCCAUUGUGACUGCUGAAGCCAAUAUUGCCAAUGCUACGUCCAAAUACACCCGUGGACCGCGCUCAUUACGCAUCGAAGUCAAGCGGAAGCUYCCUUUCCUGAAGCCUGACAUCCUUGAAACAAACAUUACGAAUGUCGCCCUGGACAGGCGAGUACCGAUCGCCCUACAGGAUCUGAAAUUUCACUCCAUACCCAUGGCUUCCUCUGAAUCCUGGACCGCGGAUUAUUUCAAGGGUGCUGCUGAGCCAACACGGAGCAGUGGUGUCACUGCGGCUGUCAAAGGGAUUUGGCCUGCCACCAUCCGAGAAGUGCGACGCAUGUUUCUCCGGGAUCAGAUAGCGCGCGUAAAGGUCAAGGGCAACGGCAGCUUCAAACUUGACCUGCAAGGGUGCAGGAUGCUAGAGGGUGGACAGGCCCUGGAUAGGGUGCUUGCGGAGGACAUACUGUUGCAGAAAUCGCCGGUACUCUGGUUGAUGGAUUUGCUCAGAGGGUGA